UGUGUGUGCCCAGCAGAGGGAAGUUGUGCGCACAGUGUGAGCGGACAGUAAGGACUACAGAGCGGGAUAAAGUUUUUAUCGUCCGGAAUAACUACAAAAGCAGACAUGAAGAUCGUCAUCCUCCUCGCUUUCCUACUAUGUGCGGCAUCCGCCGAGUCGAUAAGAGAAACUGAGACAAUGGACCCAAAUGGUAUGUUUGACCUUAUGGAGUCCUCUGGGUCUCUACCUGAUGAUGAGGAUUUGGAUGACUUUUAUGAAGACCUGGAUUCAGAUUCAGAGGAUGAUGAGGAAGAUGAUGAUGAUGGUUCUGCCUCUGGAGAUGAAAUGGAUGACCUUGAAUCAACUUCGGACACACCCACGACUACUAUGGGUAACAAGAUUCCAGAAAACAACUUCAGAGACUCGAAUAAUAACGAUAUUGAUGUCCUCCAUAUUGACAAUGAUAUCAUACCCAGAAAGAAUGUCUUACCUGAUGAAGCUGAACCAUCGAAUGAAAUCUCAAUGGCUAGCACUGCCAGCAGCUUCUUCAGCAAGACUGAAGUUAUAGUCGCUCUGGUUGCUGGUACUCUUGUUGGCCUGCUGUUUGCCAUCUUCAUCAUUGUUUUGUUGGUCAUGCGCAUUAGGAGGAGCAAAGGAGACCUCACCUAUGAUACAGUGAAAAAGCCCAUCUAUAAGAAGGCACCUACAGUUGAGGCGUAG